AUGGACACAGACACAGGCAUGCACCAAAACCAACACAACAACCAACAGUUCAAAAUCCAGCACCACAACAACAACCAACACAGCAACCAACAGUUCAAAAUCCAGCACCACAACAACAACCAACACAACAACCACCUCCACAACCAGCACAGCAACCACAAACAGAGCAAAGACAUAAAAGAAGUAGAGAAAAAGGAAACCAAGAAUUCUUAA